AAUUAUUUGCAUUCUACUGAGUAUGAGGAUCUGCGCAUGAAUGCGAAUCCAGAUCACGUGUACAUGAAACAUGGUGAGCUACCAUGGGAAAUUCCAAGAGACGAUAUUCGUCUUGGAGAAACCAUUGCAGAAGGGUCAUUUGGAAAAGUAGUGAAAGCGUCGACACCGAGUAACCAAUCAGUAAAUGGACACUUAACUGUAGCUGUAAAAAUGUUAAGUAGUCCUAUAUUCAUUGUUCUGGAAUAUAUGGUUUUUGGUAACCUCCAAACUUAUCUUCGUGAACAAAAAACAAAUGUAGGAAAUACAUAUGCUAAUCUAAGAGAACGUGUAUCCACUUUAUCUCAACACAAUUGUGUUGGUUUUUCACAUCAGAUAUCUCUUGCAAUGGAAUUCAUUGAAGAAAAAGGUUGUGUUCACCGGGAUUUGGCUGCUCGCAAUGUAUUAUUGAAUGACAAGCAAGUAUGCAAAUUAUCUGGAUUUGGAUUGGCAACUGAUGUCCUGGAUCAACGUGAAUAUGAGAGAAGGACUCAGGGACGCUUACCCGUACGUUGGAUGGCACCAGAGUCUAUAUUAGACGGCGUGUAUACAAGCAAGAGCGAUGUAUGGUCAUACGGUAUCGUUUUAUGGGAGAUAGCAACACUAGGAGAUGUACCAUACAACAAUAUGUCAACACAGGAAGUGAUAGAGUCCGUGAAUCAAGGAUAUCGAAUGGCAAGACCGGAUAAAUAUCGUCAAGAUGU